CUGUGAAUCCUGGCAUCAGCAGAGCUCUCUGCCUGGAAGGAAAAGAUGACGUGUUGAACUCUUAGAUCUUGCGAGCUUUGAUGUAACAGAGCAAUGGUACUUCCAGGUGAGUGCUCCUGGCUUUCAGCUUUUAGGAGCAGGUACCAUGUUGACAGGCACGAGGCUCUCACUCGUGCGAGUGUUCUCAUCAUGUCCCUGAAUCCAAACCACGGAACCUCUCUCCUCACGCGUGACGGGGGCCCGGGGGAAACCAGGCCGGGGCCAGCCGGGCGUCUGCCGAGCGUCGUGCGCUGCCGGUCCCGCCAGGGAGAGCGGCUGGAGCCGGGCAGGAGCGUUAACCCUGACGGCGCCGCUCCCGCGGGAAGAGGGGCGCGGCGCGGCGCGGGGCGGGGCGGCGCACACGCGCGAGCCCGCGUUUUUCGCCGAACUCUCGCGAGAGGCCGGCGUGAAGCGCGCGGGCGGCUCGCGAUGGGGCUGCUGGAGCAAUGUGAGGCCGCCUUCGGCUGCUCCGAUCUCUACCGCGUGCUGGGCGUCCGCCGGGAGGCCUCGCCCGACGAGAUCCGCCGCGGCUACCACCGCACCUCCCUCCGCGUACACCCCGACCGCGCCGAGCCCGCGGCCAAGGAGGAGGCGACGCGGCGCUUCCAGAUCCUGGGCAAGGCGUACGCCGUGCUGAGCGACUCGGAGCAGCGCGCCGUGUACGAUGAGCGGGGCACGGUGGAUGAGGAGGGCGAGGCGCUGCGGGGCGAGCGGGACUGGCAGGAGUACUGGCGGCUGCUCUUCAAGAAGAUCACAGUUAAAGACAUUGAAGAGUUCGAAAAGAAGUAUAAAGACUCAGAAGAAGAGCUAGCCGAUAUUAAAGCAGCGUACAUGGAUUUUGAGGGUGACAUGGGCAAAAUAAUGGAGUCUGUGUUGUGUGUGGACUACACAGAUGAACCGAGAAUACGGAAAAUCAUAGAAAAAGCCAUUGAUUCUGGAGAACUCCCAUCCUACAAAGGCUUUGUGAAAGAGUCUAAGCAGAAAGUGACAGCAAGAAAAAGGAAGGCAGAAAGAGAAGCCAAAGAGGCAGAAAAGGCUAAAAAUGAACUGGGCCUUGAUGGAGAAGAUGACUUGAAAGCGCUGAUUCAAAGAAGAAAUCAAGAUCGAAAAAAGGAAAUGGAUGACUUUUUUGCCAAACUGGAAGAAAAAUAUGGGAAUAAUCCUAAAAAGGGAACAAAGACAACUGCAGGCAAGAAAGGAAAGAAAUAGGCCAAAACAUCAGGUAUCAUUUUGUAGGGGAACAUGUGGAUUUUGGGAGAAUGUCAGAGUUUCUCUGGGCUACCGUUUGGGAGUAGGUGUGCAUCUACUUGCUGUCUCUGGGAGGUUUGAUACAGAACGCAUCGUCAGCGGGAAAGAUGAAGCAUUCUGGUGCUGCUGUUUCAAGGCCUUUGAGGGGAGGGCUUCAGUUGAGAUCAAACAGCUUCCUAACUAAAAGCUCUGCUACAGUCAGGAAGCAGUGUGAUGUUUGGGAUGGUGGUGUGUUUAUUAAAUUUGUGCUGAAGCACCUUCCCCCCAAAUACUUAAUGGAUACUAGUCCAGCUGGUGGUGAAACCGUGUCACCCUUCACCUCUGAGAGUCUUCAGUGCUGGCUCCUGGGGUUUCUGAGUCAGACACCUUCUCUUUUUGCUGUGCACACAUUGGUUUUGUAACAAACCUUUGGCUGUUUUUCAAGGUUUUUGCACUUCAGCUCAACAGGUGUUUUAUAAAGAUACUUUGGAAAAUUGCAUAUUUAAUAAAUAUUUCUUAGAAUGCUCUGCUGUGUUGCUUCCCCAGCCCUCUCUAUGUUUUCUGAGUAGCUGUUCAAAACAAACUGAUGGUGUUGGCUGCUCUGAAUGAUUUAAGUCAAAUAAAUCCUAUGUCACUCUGUAGGAGCUGGAAUUACGGCUAUGGUGUUAACUGUGGCAUCAGUGCUGGUGAUGCUACAUUAGAUGGAAGGAGAACCCAGUGCUAAGUCUGAUUGCUGUGGCAGAUGCCUUAGGAAGAAUAUGAGGCUGCAGCAUUUGUG